AUGGCAAGCAACAACCCGCAGUACGAGGCUGAUGGGGACGCAGUCAUGCAGUCCGUCAACCAGCCUGUAUUCGAGUUCAUCAAGGCUCCUCUCCUGGAAGACUGGAGCCACGAUGGGCUGCGCCACUGUAAGUACGAGUGCCGAGAGGCGAAGAAGAACGACUUCAUGCUUUUCAACAUCAUCAAAGACAAGACAAGAGCGCAACAUAAGUAUCAUUUGCUGAGCAUGGAGCAGAAGCCGAAGUCUGUUCCUAACGGCAAGGCUGGGCAUGCCGACACGAGGAACGAGCCCUGCAACUCUGAGCUGCGCAUCAACGCGACUCAACGCAGCAGCGGGAAGACACCUACAGUGGUGCCAUCCCAGAGGAAGGAGUCGCCCCCACCGAAGACAGGGUGCUGGCACUGCCAGGGAUCUCAUUGGCUCGGUGACUGUCCGUCUGCGACUGCCGAGGACAAGGCUCGGGCUGUCGAGGAGAUGAAGGAAGUGAAGGACAGGGCACGAGUCAAGGUUGUUCGGACGGCUCCUCAGCCGGGUGAAGUGAUGGUAAACGAGCUAGUGGUUCUGCCCUACUGUGCCGAUUCGGGCUCGGAUUCUACUGUCAUCCCUCGUGCUGUGGUCGGAGAAUUAAUUGCUCUGGGUUCGGGCGUCGAAGUUGAGCCACUGCCUACUCCCAUUGAAGCGGAUGUCGCCGAAGGUUCGCCUGUGACUUGUUUCGACUCAGUAGUACUCGACAUCGUGCUGCAAACUGCUGCAGGCGCUGUGAAGCUCCGAGAGGUGAAGUGUUUAGUCAUGGAAGGGAGUGAGACAGAUUUCCUCCUAGGCAAUGACACUCUCGUGUCCUUGGGUAUUGACGUGAACCACCAGCUGGAACAACUUGCAGAAGGGGCUGUACCUGAGGAUGUUGACCCAUUUGAAGUGGAUAUUUUCAAGUUCAAGGUGAAAAUAGCUCUUGAGGAGAGAAAGCAGAGAUGA